GAAUACGAGUAUAUCUAUAUUAAUAUCUCGCAAUAGUAUGGGAUUGGUCUCUGCACUUUUUAUCAGUAUAAGUUGUGAAUUCUUAUUAACAGCUGCUGCCGUUGGUGGAUAUGCCACGUAAAACUUCCACGUCACGGUAUUGGAGGCCUCCACCGGAAAAUCAGGGCACAGGUGGAGCAGGUAAUUGCACUUAUUGCGGAAAGGAAAAAGAAGAAAAUCACGAUAAAACCAAGAAUCAUAUGAGUGCUGUCAAAAAACUAUUUUGCCACUUUUGUGGUGUUCAGCUUUCAUCAGAUUCUGACCUCCAAAAACAUAGCGACACAGAAGAUCAUAAUAUAAAAGUUAAUAAAAGACACCCAAAUCAAACUCUAUUCAUAAUGGAAGGUCCGGAGGUACAAUGGAAUCCGGAGGUAGAAUUAGAUCUAAAAUUACGUAAGCUAGUUUACAAUCUAUAUUAUUCAAAUACACUGCGUUACGAAGUCAGUUUGGAAUAUCUAAAGUAUUAUCAACAAGAGAUCACAUUGAAAGAAUAUUGGUGGUUAUAUAAGUACAUACGUAUAAUAUUUUAUAAAAUUGUUGUACCUACCCGGAUUGAUUCUCCUCUGCUGAUACUUCUGAAAGAAGACCUAAAACUUUUGCAUAAGCGUGAGCAUACGAACAAUUUAAGAAUUAAUGUUCUGAACGAAAUGGUAAGUCUGAUAAGCUCAUUGAACAAACCUAAACGUAUGUUGCCAUCAACUCUACAAAAAGAUAUUAUCGACCUUGUAAAAAAGUGGAAUAAUAACUUUUCAAAGAUUAAUAAGUCUUUGGUCUGUGAGGAGUAAAAAUUUCCAAUAUGUUUUGUAUCCUGCGAUUGUUUCUAUAUUUUUUUAAUUUCAUUUUACAUUUUAAUUUUUUCUAUUGUUAUUUUAAUUCGUUCAGUUAACCCGUUAUGUUAAGUUUGUAUUACGUAAUUGUUUUAAAUAUUUUGAUUGUUAACCUUUUAUUAUUUUCACCUAUCAUUCUUUAUGUUAAACUAACUAUUAUAAGUUUAUAUUACAUUACUUUAGUUUGAUCUAUGUAUACUAUUUUUUAAUUAUUCUAAAUAAAACGUUAUAUCAU